GCUGUUUUAGCAAAAGCCUCUAUAAAACUUUCUUCUUCGUUUUCCUGUUUUUUCCUCUGUUGUUUUGCUUAAUUGUCUAUAGCAUUUUAAACGAACCUCUUUCAGCUUCUCCACUGCUCGAGUUGUAACUGUAAUCUUGGCCGUUGAACUGUUUCGGAUUUUCUUUUUCUCUCUCUGAUUGUUUCCCGGUAAACCGUUUAGAUUCCCGUUAUUUUGCGCUUGUUUUCUCUGUUCUUCCCUUUCUUUUUGCUUUUAAACCUCUUUGUGCCUUCGUGAUCUACCGUCUACCACUCUUUGGAGAAAAAUGGAACACUUUCAAAACGACGAUCUCGAAUACGUUGUUGAUGACUACUACGACGUCGAUGAUUUCGAGCACGACAAUCCCUUCGCCGAACCUGAGCCUCAGAGAGACACCGCCGAUUUGGACUCCUUUGACUCCGACGUUGAAGACGAUUUGGAAUCAAGUAAGCCGAAAACUGAUACAUCAGCUAUGGAAGCAAGAAAUGGAAAAGAUAUACAAGGAAUUCCUUGGGAGAGGCUUAACUUCACUAGAGAUAAGUAUCGCGAGACGAGAUUGAGACAGUACAAGAACUACGAGAACCUCUCUGGUUCUCGUGAAGAGAUGGAAAAGGAAUGCUUGCAAGUAGAGAAGGGAAAGGCCUUUUAUGACUUUCAGUUUAACACAAGGCUUGUCAAAUCGACAAUUGUGCACUUCCAGCUGAGAAAUCUGUUGUGGGCUACAUCAAAGCAUGAUGUGUACCUCAUGCAAAAUUACUCAGUAAUGCAUUGGUCAUCACUGCUACACAAAGGCAAAGAAGUGCUGAAUGUGGCUAAGCCAAUUGUUCCCAGCCUGAAACGUCCUGGAUUGCUGUCUCAGCAACUCUCUAGAGUGCAGAUUAGCACUAUGGCAGUUAAAGAGAAUUUAAUGGUGGCAGGCGGUUUUCAAGGGGAGCUUAUUUGCAAGUAUUUAUAUCAACCAGGGGUAGCAUUCUGCACAAAAUUAACUACUGAUGAUAAUGCAAUCACCAAUGCAGUGGAUGUGUACCGGAAUCCUAGUGGUGCAAUGAGAGUUAUGGCUGCAAAUAAUGAUGCUCAAAUCAGAAUUUUUGAUGCUGAAACUUUUGCUAGCCUUAACUGCUUCUCGUUCGACUGGUCUGUAAAUAAUACCUCUGUGAGUCCAGAUGGCAAGUUGCUUGCAGUCCUUGGAGAUAGUGUGGAGUGCCUGAUUGCAGAUGCUCAGUCUGGCAAAGUCACUAGCUGUCUAAAAGGGCAUUUGGACUACUCUUUUGCUUCAGCUUGGCACCCAGAUGGGCACAUUCUGGCUACUGGGAAUCAGGACACUACCUGCAGAUUGUGGGACAUAAGAAACCUAUCCAAGUCCCUUGCUGUGUUGAAGGGAAGAAUGGGAGCAAUUAGAGCUGUCAAAUUCACAUCAGAUGGUCGGUUUUUGGGCAUGGCCGAGCCAGCAGAUUUCGUCCAUGUUUUUGACGCGGAGUCUGGGUAUGUAAAUUGCCAAGAAAUUGACCUUUUUGGUGAGAUAGCUGGAAUAUCCUUUAGCCCAGAUACAGAAGCUCUCUUUGUUGGGGUUGCGGAUCGGACUUAUGGCAGCUUGUUAGAGUUCAAUCGCAGGCGAUAUACUCAUUAUUUGGACUCCAUCUUGUAG